AUGGACGAGUGCUUCCACACGUCUCUAAGGUCCGUGUCUCCAUCCUGGGCUGGUCCUGCAAGCCAGACUAUGCACUGUCUCUCAGAUCUGGACUCCAGCCUUGAUGGCGAUGAGAAGUUCAGGAGACCAACCUCAUUGCCACGGUGUUCCAGUUGCAUCGGGAAGAUCAGUCAAUUGACGAGAUCAUCAACAAUGAACACGCCAGGUUCAAUAAUGUCCCCAGUAUGGACAAUGGACAAUAUUCUGGAAAAGCGCUCGGAUUCUGACAGAGCCUCCAUAUACUCUCGUUCAAGUGGCAGUGCUUCAGAGUACAGUGUACCGCGCAGCGCCUGUCUCCUGGACAAGAGCUUUGAGUCCAAACGGGCGAGCCCAGUGGCUUGCUGUACCCCCACUGUCCCGGCAAAGACCGGUGGCAGUUGCCAAUGCUGGCAGCAGGUCAAACCAUGCUGCUGUAGAAAGAAAUCCUUCAGCGGACCCUACGAGAACUACGAUGUUCCAAAAACACCAAUGCCCUUAAUACAGGAGCACCCAGUAGACUCUCACACAGACCCCUCCAGCAUAUACGAUACACCAAAGAAACUGAAAUGUCUGCUCAACGGGCAGCCGUGCACCUGCACACACGAAGCCAAAAACGUAGAGAACCAACAAACAGAUAAUAACAACCCAAGUGAUACUAGCAUUAACAAUAACGAAGCUGAGACACAUUCCAACUACGUCAACGUUACCCCACACCCCACUGCCACCAAGAAACCAGUCCCAGAAAUAGAUUUUGCCAACUACGCUAACAUAGACCUCUCGACACUUGAAAAGUUCGAGAAUUCCCUACAGAUUCUAAGAAGCGCUGGAUUCAGUCAGGAAGAAUUGGACGCUUUGGAAGAUAUCCCUGAGCACGAUGACGAUAUAUCAACCGCUACAACGAAUACUGUGCAUCCCUCCACAGAUUGCUGUAAUGAACACUUAAAUUACAUGCACAUGGAGCCACUAGAAAUCAGUAUUUCAAGUAGCAAACAGAAUUUCUCCGACAAUAUAAGUCGUAUUAGCCAUAUGUCCGACCCCACACAACACUCUGAGUCAGACAACACGAAUAGCACGCGACGAUCAAGUUCCGCGGACUUCACGAAGAGACACGAUGACGAUUAUGGGAUGAACAAUCGGAUAUGUUUCACUCCAACUGUUCUUAGAAAAGCUACGAAAACUGAUCGAAUUAACGAAGGCGUGCAAAUAAGUUUAGAAAUCAUUGAACCGAAAGAUAAAUUCAAAGUGCCUGAGUUAAAAAGCGAGAAUGCACUGGUGACUAAGUUUAGAGACGCUGUUAAAAUACGGCGUUCAUCAAGUGUCCCUAGUAAAUCGGACAAAAAUAGGGACUCGUCGAGUUCAAACGAUUCUGGGGUCUCAACAGGGUCUUUGAAGCAUCAUAAGGGUGAUUUUAACGAAUUUGAAAUGCCAAUAACAAGUUCGAAAUCAAUAAAAAAGCAUGUGAAGAAUAGUAAGCAAAUGAGGAAGGCCCUGACUCCAGUACAUGCCUUCGUCAAGUCGAAUUCUUCGGAUCCGUUGAAGAACUUGACAUUUCAGUUUGAGGAGGUGGCGACGUUGACGAAAUCUAAUUCUUGUGAUGUGGACACGCUGACGAGACGGAAGAAGAGACCUGAAACGGAUGUCACAGCCCGCCACAGUCAGAUGACGACCAAAUCCACAUCGAGCGGAGCAUCCGAUACGUCGGACUACAUGGAAUCCCUCUCAGUGUCAUCCUUCAGUUCAUGUGACGUCUCGGCCGACAGACACGUCACUAGGCCGAGAUCAGGCAAGGAGUACGCGAGCAUCGACAGGACAGCCCUGGUCUAG